UCGUCGCCGCAGCAAUCGCCGCAGUACACACACGGCCGCCAGUUGAAACAGUUAAUGCACUCACCCGAUUUAUUGCGACGUUCCGCGUCACUGCGCAUGCGCGGUUCAAAAUCAAAUCUCUUCAACGAUUACCGUGGCAACUAUAUGGAAAUGGAACGCAGCACGCGCCACUUGAGCAACGCCACGCCGCAUACGGCCAACACCCGCUACAACCACCCGCUGUUGGGAGCGCUUGAACAACAGCAACAACAACAACAACCACAGCCAACAAUGCAACGUGACAUACACGAACGGCACAACGCUGCCAACACCGCCACAGCCGGUUCGUUUGGGGGUGUUGUUGCUGCUGCAACGCGUCGCAAGGCCGCCGCCGCCGUAGUAUUACUGCCUGGUUCAACAUUGUCUACGCAAACACCCGCUGUCACAGUUGGCAAUCUGACGCGUUCGCAAUCGUUGCGUCGUAGUUAUCUAAAUCAUCAAAACAACUAUUACGCGCAGCAGAAAUCUUUCAAAACGGAUGCACUAAAGGAUAAAAGUGCCGGAGGCGUCACAGCAAUUGGCUCUGGAGCAGAAACAACUGGAGCUGAUGUGGCAAUUACAGGAACUGUAGGUGCUGAUAAUGUGGCGCCUCUAAAAACAUGUACACAGCGUGAACAGCAGCAGCCUGCUGUUGAUGAAAAUUAUACCGUCCCAAAUGGUAGCGUGCAAAGCAAUGACAUAACGCACAAAAUGGACGGUGUUGGUGUUGGUGGUGGAGUUGGAGUUGGCGAGCUGCGGCGGAUUGACAGGGAUAUGCAGAAAAUGUUUGGAAACGCAUAUCUCUUGAGGCUGGGAGUUACGAGUUCUAUUGAUUUUCUGACGCCUGUAUCGCAAAAUUUC